CAGCGGCCACUGUGAAUGUCCAACGGAAUAAUUUAAAUCGCGAAAGAGCUUUUUUGAAGGGUGUUUUUUAAAUUAAUGUUUCACUUAAUCCAAUAAAGAUCAAAAGCAGUAGCUAUGUGGAUGUUAGAUGUUAAAGCGUACUUGAGCCAAUCAACGGAGCUAAAAUGCUGCACACCGAAACCUUGCCUGGUCACCAGGGCAUCUAUGCUCCAUUAAGUCAGGCAAUGAGCGAUUCCGAAUCCGACGAGGAGAUCGAGAUCCACAACGCUGUUAAUCAUCGCCAGAAUUUGCAGCAGAAACUGCAACAAGCACAGAGAAAUUCGCCGGAGCAGUUCCACUCACAAAGGAUUCGCAUUCCGCCAAACACAUUGGCCCUGAAAUCACCGCACACCCGAGCCCCACCAACCGCCACUAGGAUUGUAACCCGGAAUCCAGCCGGGCAUCCACACGCCCAGAAAUUCCAGUUGGAGGGCAGCAGCUACGCCACCAAUAUGCAAAACACCUUCCGUUCGGUCAUGUUGAGUGACAACGGAGGCGUGGGCUCAGAGUUGUCCCACUUCAACAGUGAAUUCGAUUCCAAUGCAGAUAAUGUGGCCAUCUUGGGUGGCAAUCAGUCGGGCGAAGACUCGGCCAAAAGGACACCCAUGUCGCCGGCCCGAAAGUGCUGUUUCAUCGGCAGCCUGUUGCUCUGCUUCGUGGCCGUCGUUUCCUUUGUGUGGCUAGUGCCCUGCGGCAACCCAGAUGGCACUGGAUCAUGUCCAGCGGUGGUUGAUCGCCUCAAAACCCACAACUGGUUCAAUAACUACACAAGGGCCGAGCUGAGGGGAGUCAAUGUGGUUGGCGGCUUAAAAGCCUGGGAGAACAACCUUAUCUUCAUGUACCGCGGCGAUGGAUUCUUUCCAGAAUUUCGACUCGGCAACGAGCGGCGGAACGGCAUCAUCUGCUUGAUUGGCUCCUCCGGAGCUGUAGCCUGGUUUGUGGAGAUGGUGGACGAACCGGUGGCCCUUGAUUGCACCCUCAUCGACAUCGAUGGCAAUGGGAAGGCGGACUGCCUAAUACUCGAUGAAUACGGUGAGCUGGGCGCCAUCAAUCCUGUUUCCGGACGUUGGCUUUGGUGGUUCAAGGAGCGUUCGGCCCGCAAGGUUGAUGCCUACGAUUUUCCGGUCAUCCUGCCCGAUCUGGAUGCGGAUGGAGUACUGGACUUGCUGCUCGUGACCAGUUUAUCGCUGGAACAGCGAACCAAAUCGCUGGCACAGCUAAAACAUGAAUCUCCCAGUCAGUUAGAAGCUCGGAAUGUGCUUCGUUUGCUUUCGGAGAAAAAUGGAUCGCCAAUAGGCGAUGGCUUUCGCAUCCACGACUGCGACAGGCUGAGUAAUGUCAAGCUGGAGGCGGGCAAUGUGAGCUUCUCCUGCCAGCGCGUCAACGGCACCGAGCAGCUGCGUUCCAAGAGUCUGGCGGAGCUGUAUGCCCUGAUCACCAACAAGUCCAUAGUGGGGCAAAGGUUGUCUACCUCGAAGAUCUCGCAGCACAGGAACCAUGGUCAGCGACGGGAAUUGGAUGCCCAAAGGAACAUCUACUCCUUGAGUGGACGCGAGCUGGUGGUGGAGAAUCGUGGUCGCUGCCCGGAGGAUUGCAAUGUCACCUUUGUGCUGAGCGAAGUUCGCGACGGCAAGCCGCACAUGGUGCACAAUUUCAGCGAGAGCGGCAUGUAUGGCAUGGUGCCCGCCCAGUGGCAUUUCAAGAACACCAAGUCACCGAUGUCCGGCUUUGUGAUGAAAUUCUGGAAGUGGCAUGGUCUCGUGAAGCCAUCGAAACAGAGCUCCGCCAGCAGCAAUAGCAAUAAUGUGCAGAAAAGUGCCAGCAACAAUCACACCAAGAACAUGAAUGCCAUCAAGGAUAAGGAGAAGGAGAAGGCGCAGGCCAAGAAACAACAACAACAGCAACAGCAGCAACAACAACGUCUGAGGAGGAGCACGAAGGCCGGCGACCAUCAGUUUCCGCCUGCCCACCAGGAAUUUGAUGUGUUUGGGCACGUAAAGCAAAAGCGGGAAACCUUUGGGGUGCCCUCCAAAAACAUGACCAGAUCCAGUGGCGUCUCGCCCGGCGGCAGCUACAAAAUGAAUAUGAUCACGGAAACCGUGAUCCUUGUUUUGUUCGUAGGCACCGACACCCACAUCGAGAACACCUCGCAAAGCAACAUCAUCCAAUUCUGCCGACACGACCGCAAGGUGUGCCAGCCCGAUCUGAACAACCAGGAUCACUCGAUGCUCAUUGCUGAUCUGGACCAGGACGGAUCCCAGGAGCUGGUCACAUACAUGUCCACAUUCGUACAGCCCGAGGAUGAGCAGCAGAGGGAUUGGAAACUGCUAACCUACGUGAGGUUGCUGCGCCUCCAGGCAGAACUCCCCGCCUUUUUUGAGGAGGACAGGCACAACUAGGCGGUAAUCCCGAUUCCGAGACGGAAUAUAGUGCAUUUAGCCAGCCGGAAACGUGCUGUCGGACACGAGUAGCAGUUUAACCUAGUUGCAUGCAUUACAUUGUACAUUAGUAGAACCUUUUCUAGUCUCCCAUAAUAAAUCAGUAAACUUUCCAUUAACUUA